AUGCGCGCGCGGGCGUCCGCGGACGCGCCCGCGGUGGACGUGGCGUUGAAGGAGUGGUCGUUAAUCUGCGACGCGUUGAUGACGGGUGAACACAUCGCGAUCGCUCGAAAGGGUGGAGUGCGCGACGCGAAGGGCGCGUUCAGGCUGGAGAGACGUCACUUCGCUUUGUUUCCCACGAAUUUCCACGCCGACGUCGCGGGGGCGCCGGAGGGGACGCGCGCGGGGGACAUGAAGGCGGGCGAGAGCGUGUCGAUGCGAUUGACGGCGACGGCUACCAGGGCGUGGCGGGUCCCGGCGUCGUCGGCUGAGGCGUGCUUCGCUUUGUUUAGCGAGAGUAGUGGGUGGCCGAAAGAUUUGUUUGCGAAGAGGGCGAAUUUCAAGCCGUCGAACGAGGUCACGGUGGUGGAGUUGCGCGCGUACGAAGUUGCCGACGCCUUGACGCUACCGCCGGAUGAACAGAGGUACGGAGGGUGUAAAUCGUGGAUUAAUAUCGAUUCGUGGCGUCCCGCGAAUGUUCGAGCGGUGCUAUCGGAUGAGGAAUUUGCGGAGAAAUCAUCCGCGCUCGGUCGCGAUCUCGCGGCGCUCGGUGCGACGGAGAUCGACGUCACCAACGCGUAA